GGGCUCCAGCCACUGCUUACUCUCUCUGCUGAUGCUGAAGAGCUGCUGGCUGCUGGGCGCCGCCUCCCAGAAGCCCGCUGUGGCGGCGGACGCCCAGCUGCCCCUGCAGGAGUACGCUCACUCCAUCCGCCUGGAUGGCGACGUCAUCCUGGGCGGCCUGUUCCCCGUGCACGCCCGCGGCGAGAGGGGCGUCCCCUGCGGCGAGCUCAAGAAAGAGAAGGGCAUCCAUCGGCUGGAGGCCAUGCUGUUCGCCAUCGACCUCAUCAACAAGGACCCGGAGCUGCUGCCCAACGUGACCCUGGGGGCGCGCAUCCUGGACACGUGCUCGCGGGACACCUACGCCCUGGAGCAGUCGCUCACCUUCGUCCAGGCGCUCAUCGAAAGGGACGGCUCCGACGUGCGCUGCGCCAACGGGGAACCGCCGAUAUUCGCCAAGCCGGACAAGGUGGUGGGCGUCAUCGGGGCGUCGGCCAGCUCCGUGUCCAUCAUGGUGGCCAACAUCCUGCGGCUGUUCAAGAUCCCUCAGAUCAGCUACGCCUCGACGGCGCCGGAGCUCAGUGACAACACUCGCUACGACUUCUUCUCGCGGGUGGUCCCUCCGGACUCCUACCAGGCCCAGGCCAUGCUGGACAUCGUCACCGCCAUGGGCUGGAACUACGUGUCCACGCUGGCCUCCGAGGGGAACUACGGCGAGAGCGGCGUGGAGGCCUUCGUCCAGAUCUCCAGAGAAUCAGGUGGAGUGUGUAUAGCUCAGUCUCUGAAGAUUCCUCGAGAGCCCAGACCGGGGGAGUUUGACAAGAUUGUCCUUCGACUUGUGGAGACGCCGAACGCACGGGCCGUCAUCAUGUUCGCCAACGAGGACGACAUUCGGCGAGUCCUGGACGCGGCGAAGCGCAACAACCUGACGGGUCACUUCCUGUGGGUGGGCUCCGACAGCUGGGGCUCCAAGAUCUCCCCCGUGGUGCAGCAGGAGCGGGUGGCCGAAGGCGCCGUCACCAUCCUCCCCAAGAGGGCGUCGGUCGAUGCGUUCGACCGCUACUUCAAGAGCCGCUCGCUGUCCAACAACCGCAGGAACGUCUGGUUCGCCGAGUUCUGGGAGGAGAACUUCGGCUGUAAGCUGGGAAUGCACGGCAAGAGGCCCGGCAGUCCGAAGAAGUGCACAGGGCUGGAGAAGGUUGGCCGUGACUCCACCUACGAGCAGGAGGGGAAGGUGCAGUUCGUCAUGGACGCCGUCUACGCCAUGGCCCACGCCCUGCACCACAUGCACCGCCAGCUGUGCGCCGGCUAUCCCGGGCUGUGUCCGCGCAUGGCCAACGUGGACGGCAAGGAGCUGCUGGCCCACAUCCGAGCCGUCAGCUUCAACGGAAGUGCCGGGACUCCCGUCAUCUUCAACGAGAACGGCGACGCUCCGGGACGUUACGACAUCUUCCAGUACCAGAUCAACAACAGCUCCGCGGCCGAGUACAAGGUCAUCGGACACUGGACCAAUCAGCUGCACCUGAACAUGGAGGUCCUCCAGUGGACCGCCGGCGACUCCUCGCUGCCGUCCUCGGUGUGCAGCCUGCCUUGUCGCACCGGCGAGAGGAAGAAGGUGGUGAAGGGCGUGCCGUGCUGCUGGCACUGCGAGCGCUGCGAGGGAUACCACUACCAGGCCAGCGAGUUCACCUGCGAGCUGUGCUCCUACGAGAGGCGGCCCGACCGGAACCGCACCGGCUGCCAGCCCAUCCCCAUCAUCAAGCUGGAGUGGCACUCGCCGUGGGCGCUGGCGCCCGUCUUCAUCUCCGUCCUGGGCAUCGUGGCCACCACCUUCGUCAUCGUCACCUUCGUGCGCUACAACGACACGCCCAUCGUGCGGGCCUCGGGCCGGGAGAUGAGCUACGUCCUGCUGACGGGCAUCUUCCUGUGUUACAUCAUCACCUUCCCCAUGAUCGCCGCGCCCGACGUGGUCGUCUGCUCCUUCCGCCGCAUCUUCCUGGGCCUGGGCAUGUGCUUCAGCUACGCCGCGCUGCUCACCAAGACCAACCGCAUCCACCGCAUCUUCGAGCAGGGCAAGAAGGCGGUGACGGCGCCGCGCUUCAUCUCGCCGGCCUCCCAGCUGGUCAUCACCUUCUCCCUCAUCUCCGUUCAGCUGCUGGGCGUGCUGGUGUGGUUCGCCGCCGACCCGCCGCACACCUUCGUGGAUUACGGCGAGCAGCGCACGCAGGAUCCCGACCAGGCGCGCGGCGUCCUCAAGUGCGACAUCUCCGACCUGUCGCUCAUCUGCUCUCUGGGAUACAGCAUCCUCCUCAUGGUCACAUGCACUGUUUACGCCAUCAAGACGCGCGGCGUGCCAGAGACCUUCAACGAAGCCAAGCCCAUUGGAUUUACCAUGUACACCACCUGCAUCAUCUGGCUCGCCUUCAUCCCCAUCUUCUUCGGCACGGCGCAGUCGGCGGAGCGGAUGUACAUCCAGACGGCCACGCUGACCGUCUCCCUCAGCCUCAGUGCUUCCGUCUCUCUGGGGAUGCUCUACAUGCCCAAGGUCUACAUCAUCAUCUUCCACCCCGAGCAGAACGUCCCCAAACGCAAGCGCAGCUUCAAGGCCAUCGUCACCGCCGCCACCAUGACCAGCAAGCUGUCGCAGCUGGCGGCCGAGAGGCCCAACGGAGAGGUCAAGACGGAGCUGUGCGAGGGCGUGGAGGCCAGCGUGCCGCCGACAAAAACCACCUACGUCAGCUACACCAACCACGCCAUGUGAGGAAACGACUCCUCCAACACGACCAUCCGCUUCACGUCGGACUCGGUGGAGACGCCGGCGCUCAGAGACAAUACUGAGCCGUCCUCCGAGCGGCCUGAAGGACCCGACAA